UAUACAUUCAGACGUUCCUGUGAAGCAGAAAAAAAAAAUACAAGUAAAAUAACAUUUGUUACCAAAGCCUAAAUCAGAUAAAAUGGCGACCACAGGUGGCGAAGCGGCGACGGCGACCAACAAGCAGGUCAUAUUGCGAGACUACGUAAUCGGUUUCCCGACGGAAUCAGACCUCAUCUUCAACGACACCACCGUCGUUUUGAAGGUUCCUGCGGGAUCCAAGACGGUUCUGUUGAAGAAUAUAUAUUUGUCUUGCGAUCCUUACAUGCGCAUUCGCAUGGGAAAGCCCGAUCCCGCCACUGCUGCCCUCGCUCAGUCUUACAAUCCCGGCGAGCCAAUCUAUGCGUUUGGAGUGUCUAGAGUGAUAGAUUCUGGGCACCCAGAUUACACAAAGGGAGACUUAAUUUGGGGAAUAGUAGGAUGGGAGGAGUACAGUCUCAUAACUCCAAAUUUUUCACAUUUCAAGAUCCAACACACCGAUAUUCCCUUAUCUUACUACACUGGACUUCUCGGUAUGGCCGGUAUGACUGCCUACGCCGGGUUUCAUGAGAUCUGUUCUCCUAAGAAAGGAGAGGCUGUCUUCGUGUCAGCUGCAUCUGGUGCAGUUGGUCAGCUCGUGGGACAGUUUGCAAAGAUUAUGGGCUGUUAUGUCGUUGGAAGUGCCGGCAGUAAUGAAAAGGUUGAUCUUCUCAAGAAUAAGUUUGGGUUUCAUGACGCUUUCAAUUACAAAGAAGAGAAAGACCUUUAUGGUACCCUGAAGAGGUUCUUCCCGGAAGGCAUCGACAUAUACUUUGAGAACGUAGGAGGCGAACUGUUAGAUGCAGUGCUCCUGAACAUGAAGCUACACGGCCGUAUCGCGGUAUGUGGAAUGAUCUCACAGUACAACCUCGAGGUGCAAGAAGGUGUGCACAACCUAGCAACAGUCAUCUACAAGCGGCUUCGGGUUCAAGGUUUCGUGGUCUCCGAUUACUUCCACAAAUACUUGCAGUAUCUGGAUUUUGUGCUUCCCUGUAUUAGAGAAGGGAAGAUCACUUACGUUGAGGAUAUUGUCCAAGGCCUCGAGAACGGACCUGCUGCUUUGAUUGGACUCUUCCACGGUAAGAACGUUGGCAAACAGCUCAUAGUGGUGAGUCCUGAGUGAAUGAGACGUUGACAUCUGUUUUUAAGCCCCAUUGACAUUCUCUUGUAGUUGUUUCGGAAGACUCUACAUUUCACUCGUUUUUCUUUUUAUGCAAAUAAAACCUCGUGCGAUUUUGGCUAUUGUUAUGUUGUUUUGAUUGAUAUUUGGCCAAAUGACAAUUUUGAAUCUAUAACAUAAUUAUUCAAAUUCGCUGUUUAUGUCAGGAUAUUAUGUUGCUUUAAUGACAGAAGUACUAAUUAAUAUUCG